AUGGCCACUGAGAUAGCCCCUGGUCGCCCCGGCAACCUCACUCCUGAGCAGGAGGAGAAGCUCAGGAAGCUGUGGCAGUACAUCUUCCAGGUCUGCGCGGUUGGUCAAGAGCAGAGCAGCAGCGCAGAGAAUGCCCCUGCCGCCGAGGCUGAAAAGAGCCAAGAUGCGGACAAAAAGGAGAAAAAGAGCCGCAUGUCCCUUUUCUCGCGCAAGAGCAAGAAGGACUCAGACGGCGCCUCCAGCAGCGGCGACUCCUCGGCCCCUCCUGGCGCCCGUGUGGUCCUGCACCUUAAGGAUGGCGACAACGAUAAGUACGGCCAGACAAAGCAGUUCUACGACACACUGGCCAGCCAGAGCCCCCAGUCUAUUCGUGACACGAUCUGGAGCAUGAUUAAACACGACAAUCCUGAUGCGCUCGUCCUGCGCUUCCUGCGCGCACGCAAGUGGGAUGUCGAGCGCGCCCUCAUCAUGCUGGUGUCUACCAUGAGCUGGCGCAUGUCGGAGAUGAAGGUUGAUGAUGAUAUCAUGCGCAACGGCGAGGGCGCUGCCUGGGCUGCGGAGAAAAACAGCGAGGAUGCAAAUGAGAAGAAGCUGGCUCACGACUUUAUGACUCAGAUCCGGAAGGGCAUCAGCUAUGUGCAUGGUGUUGAUAAGCAGGGUCGGCCGUUGUGCUUUGUGAAUGUGCGGCUGCAUCGUCAGGGCGAGCAGGCUGAGGAGGCUCUUGAGAGGUACACUGUGUAUUUGAUUGAGACUUGCCGCAUGCUUCUUCAGCCGCCGGUCGACACGGCCACGAUCGUGUUCGACAUGACGGACUUCUCCCUAGCCAACAUGGAUUACGCCCCCGUUAAGUUCAUGAUCAAGUGCUUUGAAGCCAACUACCCCGAGUCUCUCGGCGCCGUGCUGGUGCACAAGGCCCCGUGGAUUUUCCAAGGCAUCUGGAAAGUCAUCCGCGGCUGGCUCGACCCAGUCGUCGCCAACAAAGUGCACUUCACCAACAACGCCAAGGAGAUGGAAGAGUUCAUUCCCAUGAAACACAUCCCCAAAUCUCUCGACGGCGAGGAAGAUUGGACGUACAGCUACGUUGAGCCGACAGAGGACGAAAACGCGCUGAUGCGCGACAUCGCCACACGCGACCAGAUGCUGGCUGAGCGCGCCAAGCUGUACCGCGAGUACGAGGAGGCGACGCUCGAGUGGAUCCGCAUUGCGGAGGAAGGGGGCGACCAGACGGAGAUCAAGAAGAAGAGGGACGAGAUCGCGGAGAGGUUGAGGGUCGAUUACUGGAAAAUCGACCCCUACCUGAGGGCGAGGUCAUAUUAUGACCGGAUCGGGGUGCUGCAACCCGGCGGCAGGCUAAACUGGUAUCCGGAGGAGAAGAAGGCGGAACAACAGCAGAGCCAAGGGAACGGUGCUGCGGAGAAGGUUGAGGCUGUUGUGUCGGCCGCCGCGGCGGAGUCGACGACGACUUCGGCUCAGGAUCUUGAUUAA